AUGAAAGCCAGGGUGACGACCAUCAAGACUGGCUUCCAUAUCAGCAUGAACCGCAGCUUCAAAAAAGCGAGCUGCAUGGGUAUCCUCCCCGCACCCGAACUUGUUAGCUGCCUCUUCAAUCACACGAGAGAAAAGACUGAUGGCGAAGGACACGAUAAAGUUCAUCAUGCCAAUGGGGAAGGCAUCGAGGAAUCUCGGUCCGCGACGAAAGUUUCACCCGUGAAUAUGAAGUCAGACGGUCCUACAAUGAGCUCAGCUGUUCGUGAUAAAAGAUCCUGA